AAUUUGGUAACAACAUUACAAAAUCCAAAUCCGAAGUUACAGGAUUAACAGUAAUUCUCAUUGAAACCCAAGAAUCGAUAGUUAAUGGGAAUUUCUUAGUUGCUACAGAAGCUGCGGAUGAUUACGGAUGCCCUCAUACUUUAGAACACCUAGUGUUCCUUGGAAGUGAACUAUAUCCCCACAAGGGAGUUUUAGAUACACUGGCUAAUAGAGCGUAUGCUAAUGGGACAAAUGCAUGGACGGCACAAGAUAAUACAACAUAUACAAUCCAAACGGCAGGAAGUGAGGGGUUUUUAAAUUUAUUACCCAUUUAUGUGGAUCAUAUCCUUUAUCCUACGUUAACUGAAAGUGGAUGUUAUACUGAAGUUCAUCAUAUUAAUGGAAAAGGGGAAAAUGCUGGGGUACAGAUUAUUUAUUAUUUUGAUCCAUAUUCGUUUUUAUCUAAGGUGGUUUACAGUGAAAUGCAGGGACGAGAAAAUUCCGAUGAAUCUCGCAUUGAAUUAAAGUAUCGACGAUUAAUAUAUCCAGAAGGAUGUGGAUAUCGCUAUGUAACUGGUGGUCUCAUGGAAAAACUAAGAACACUCAAUGUAGAAACUAUCCGUCAAUAUCAUAAAGAUUAUUAUAGACCGGAUAAUCUAUGUCUCAUUAUUACUGGAAAUAUUUCAUAUAAUGAACUAUUAAAAACACUUGAUCCACUAGAUAAGAGGAUAUCCGAGAAGACAAAAGGCUCUUUGCCAACUCAUAAAAGACCAUUUGUAGAUUCACCACCAAUUCCGUUACUUGAAAAGUCUAUUAGAGACCAAGUAGAAUUUCCUGAUGAAGAUGAAAGUGUUGGUCAAUUACUUAUUGUUUGGUUGGGUCCAUUAGUCGAUGAAUUCUUGGAAAUAGUAGCAUUAGAAGUUCUUCAUGAAUAUUUAUCAGAUUCAGCGGUUUCAGUAUUACAAAAAGAAUUUGUAGAGACGGAAGAUCCAUUAUGUACAGAUAUUGAUAUAUCAGUUCAACCUCAAACUCGUACAGCUAUUUUAGCUACUUUUUAUAAUGUUCCAACUUCUGAAUUAGAUGAUUUGGCAGAUAGUGUAUUAGAAGUAUUUCAAAGAAUUGUUGAAAGUGAAGGAAUCGACAUGAAUCGUAUGAAAACCGUUAUACGAUUAGUGAAAUUAAGGUCUCUGAAUAUUAUUGAAACAAACCCACAUAAUUAUUUUAGCGAUCUUUGUAUCAUAGAUUAUGUUUAUGGCAAAGAAACAGGAGAAUAUUUAGAGAGAGCAACAAAAGACUUAAAAUAUUACGAUCAGUUAUCUGAGUUUACUGAACAACAAUGGAUACAAUAUCUAAAAAAAUAUCAUUUAGACAAUCCGAACAUAACAAUCUUGGGCAAACCUUCUGCUACACUUGCUGAAACAUUGGCAGAACAAGAAAAAAAACGUACUGAAAAACAAAUCGAGAAUUUAGGAACAGACAAAUUAAAAGAAUUAGAAGAGCGCUUAGAGAAAGCCAUAAAAUCAAAUGACGUACCUAUACCUUCUAGUGUUAUUGAAAAUUUUCCUGUGCCUAGUGUCGAUAGCAUUCCUUUUAUUAGUUCUGUCACCGGUCGUAAUAAGCCUGAAGGGAAAUUCGAUAACCCUCUUCAAAAAUAUCUUGACCAAGAUUCAAAAAUCGAUAUUCCUUAUUUUAUUCAAUACGAUCUAUCAUUAUAUAUCAACACUACAGCUAUACCAGUUGAAUUACGUCCCUACAUUAACUUGUACCUUGAAUCAUUUUACUUUCUUCCACUUACUCUUCCUGAUGGAACCAAGUUAACAUUUGAACAAGUUGUAUCAGAAUUGAAUAAUGAUACCGUGGAUUAUCAUUCUUCUUUAGGAGUUGGGAAAUCUUUUGAUCAAAUGAUUGUAAUUCAUAUUAAGGUUGAAGCUAGUAAUUAUGUUAAAGGUAUCCAAUGGUUACGUGAUUUACUAUGGAACACGGAAUUUACCGCUGAUAGAUUAAAGGUCAUAGCUUCGAAACUCCUUAAUGAGAUUCCAGAAGAAAAGCGUGAUGGACACGGGAUGGCAUCAGUAGUUUCAGAUUUGAUUAACUUUGAUUCCAAAUUAUCCAAUAAAUGUUCUCUUUCAUCUCUGUAUCAAGAGAGAUUUAUAAAAAAUUUUAUUAAUGAAUUGGGCAAGGACCCUGAUCAGGUCAUUCAAAGAUUUUAUCAACUUAGAGGAUUAUUGACCAAACCCGAGAAUUUUAGAAUUCAUGUUAUAGGGGAUAUUUUAAAUCUUCCUAAUCCAAAAACUGUUUGGGCUGAACAUUUUAAGAUAAUUGAAACUUCUAAACAAUUAACACCUGUUCCUUUAUCUCAACAAGUUUUGACAGAAUAUGGAAAAAAUCCUGGGAAUCAGGGUUAUGUUGUUAAAUUACCAUCUAUUGAAAGUUCUUUUUCAGCGCAUAUAACCAAAGGUCCAUUGAGUUUCGAUUCACCAGACCUCGUACCGUUAUAUGUAUUAUGUGAAUUCUUGGAUAUUCUUGAAGGUUUAUUAUGGGUUUCAAUUCGUGGUCAGGGUUUAGCUUAUGGUACUUGGUUCGAUGUUGAUGUUGAAAGUGGACAUCUCGAAUUUAUUAUUUAUCGAUCUCCCGAUGCUUUUAAAGCUUUUGAACAAGCUAGAAAAGUUGUUUUUGGUUUGGCUGAGAAGACGAUUGAUUUUGAUAAAUCUAAAUUUGAAGGAGCUAAGAGUAGUAUGAUCUUUAAACUUGUUAGAAAAGAGCAUAAUCCUACUUCAGCGGCUUCUGAGACGUUCAUGGCGCAAGUAUUAAAAAAUAUGGAUGCGAAUUAUAAUAAAGAUCAAAUAGCAAAAGUUCAGGCCGUUAAAAUUGAAGAUAUUUAUCCAAUAUUAACGAAAUAUGUAUUAAAUCUAUUUAAACCUGAAACUUCCAAUGUUGUUACUGUUUCAACUCCUGUUAAAGUUGAGGUAAAUGCAAAUUUGAUAUGUAGUUUUUGA